AUAUAGACGCCAAACGUAGAGAGGAAACCUCAUCAAACCAUAGCUUUUCAUUUCUACCCCAAAGAAAAGAGCAGCGAACUGAGUUUGAUCAAUCUCUGAUUUUCUGAAACAAAAAAGAAUAAUAAUAAUGGGUCUAUUGAGUGGUGUUAACAAUGAUGAGUACGUAAGGCUAUUAGGAGCAUGGCCUAGCCCUUUCGUGCUGAGGACUCGGAUCGCACUUAACCUAAAGCGUGUACCGUACGAGUAUCUCGAAGAAGAAGAUACUUUGAAUUCGGAGAGCGUGUUAAACUACAACCCCGUCCAUAAACAGAUCCCCAUCCUCAUCCAUGGAAACAAACCAAUCCGUGAAUCACUCAACAUCGUCAUGUACGUCGAUGAAACUUGGCUCUCCGGCCCUCCGAUACUUCCUUCUGAUCCCUUUGAUCGUGCCGUUGCUCGUUUUUGGGACGUCUACAUUGACGAACACUGUUUCACAUCAAUCAAUGGAGUGGCGGUAGCAAAGGACGAGGAGGAAAGAAAGAUGGCAAUAGCGAAGCUAGAGCAGUGUAUGGCUCUUUUGGAAGAAACGUUUCAAGAAUGCAGCAAAGGAAGAGGCUUCUUUGGUGGAGACAACAUAGGAUUCAUCGAUAUCGGUUUCGGGUCGAUGUUGGGUCCUCUUAAGGUUCUUGAGAAAUUUUCAGGCGUCAAGUUCAUACAUCCAGAGAACACGCCAGGUCUUUUCAAUUGGGCAGACAGAUUCUACGCCCAUGAAGCAGUCAAGCCUGUCAUGCCCGAUAUCGAAAAACUGGUCGAGUUCGCUAGGCUUAAGUUCAAUACUUCAAUCUUUAAAUAAAAACCGAAGGCUAUAAAAUAAUUAUUUUGACGGACAUAUUAUCAUAUGCUUCAAAUCAUCUAAAUCGGGGAAUAAGAUGUAAACUCGGUUAAUUUAAAGGCAAAGUCAAAAUGUUCUUUUGUUUUUUUCUUUCUUACUAUUUUUGGUAAUUUUUUUUUCUUAUAUGUAUGCAGAAAUAAUCGAUUGUGGCACGCAAGAAAGUGUAUGUUCUUGGAUUUCUUUAUGCUGUAAAUUAAUCAAUAAUCUAUAAAAAAAAAUCACUUUUCGCCCCUA